GAACGUUGCAUUCUGUGACUUACGUUGGGGUAUGAUGGUUUUGUGGCAAUGUGGAACAUCUACGGUUAUAAAAGGGCAUUAAAACCUUCGAACCCUCCCUUUGCUGACCUUCUCUUGUGGCUGUUUUUGUGGGUCAUUCGGCAGAUAAGCGCCUCAGCGGUGUCUUAGCGGCACAGUAGGAGGCUAUCGUUAAGGCAAGAGCAUAUAUAAGGCCUCAAAAGCCAAACGAAUCCAAAGCAAAGUUUGACUUUGGUGCCAACAUGUUGAGUCUUCGUGUGUUUCUGUUGCUGCAGUGCAGCCUUUUGGUGUUUGCUGGCGUUUGCCUUAUACCCCAACCGAUUAUGCGACAGCGUUCCCUAAAGGAUACACUCCUGAAGACACAACCCCGCUUGGAUGGACGCAUUGUGGGUGGACAUCGCAUCAAUAUCACUGAUGCGCCACAUCAGGUAUCGCUGCAGACUUCUAGUCACAUUUGUGGUGGAUCCCUGAUAUCCGAGGAGUGGAUAUUGACCGCUGCACAUUGCACAUAUGGCAAGACUGCGGAUCGUCUGAAGAUUCGCUUGGGCACCUCGGAGUUCGCUCGCAGUGGAGAGCUACUCCGUGUCAAGCAAAUCGUGCAGCAUGCCAAAUUCAACUUCUCGAAUGUGGACUAUGACUUCUCGCUGCUGCAGCUGCAGCAUCCCAUUAAAUUCGAUGAGACCAAGAAGGCCAUCAAACUACCGGAGCCGGAGACGGAGCAGCAGCUUAUGGACGGGGAGACCUGUUUUGUGAGUGGCUGGGGAAACACCCAGAACCUACUGGAGUCGCGCGAGUGGCUGCGACAGGUGGAGGUGCCGUUGGUCAACCAGGAGGUGUGCAGCGAGAAGUACAAGCAGUAUGGUGGCGUCACCGAGCGUAUGAUUUGUGCCGGUUUCAUGGCGGGUGGCAAGGAUGCUUGCCAGGGCGACUCCGGCGGCCCGAUGGUUAGUGAAUCGGGUGUUCUAGUGGGCAUUGUCAGCUGGGGCUAUGGUUGUGCCAAGCCCGACUAUCCAGGCGUUUACUCGCGCGUGGCAGUUGCCCGCGACUGGGUGAAGGAGCACAGCGGCGUCUAGCAUACAAAAGUUCUUCAAUAAAGCGCAUUCGAUUUAA